AUAUCUGAACACGACAACAUCCUCAAGUGGACUAAUGCUUUUCUACCACAGGUUCUCACUAGAACCCAGAGAACUUAAAGCAGGAACUUUUUGAUUCCUUGUAAACUGAAGGAAAAAAAGUGCUGAAGAAGAGGAGGAGACGGGAGAGGAGGAGGAGGAGGGAGAGGUGUGGGACCUCCUGUAUGUUAAGUGGAAUUCAAGUCCAGGGUGCUGAGCAGGCAGAGUGGUGGGGCACUGGCUCCUUGACGGAACCGACCAGACUCAGCAGACACCAAGCAAGAUAGGCACGACUAAGACGGAGUGAGUUACAGUCAGUGAGACAGCUGAAAAAGCCAACUCUAAAAGUAAACAUAACGCUUUGGUUUUUACUGCUGCCAAAACAAGGGUGUGUUGAUGUUCAAGAAGUGUUAACAAAGGGUCAGAAGGUUCACACUUGUUAGUUACGGUACAUCUUCUAGAAGACAGAUUUCAGGACAAGAAUAAGAUAGUACACUACAAAGUAAAUCAGGACGUCAGAUUGCCACGCUCUUCAAAAGUUUAUUCUGAGAAGACGACUGAUCAGAACCAACGGACUGUUUUGAGCUACAUCAGAAUUUUUAAGCACAGGCAGAGUAUAAGUUGGAAACAAUGGAGCAUCUUCCACAGACAAAAGGCAAGGGAGUCUUUAUGUUUGCCAAGAGGCGUCAAAGAAUGGAUGAUCUUUCUGCAGAACAAGAGGAAAUGAGACGAAAAGGCAUACCAGUGGAUGCAAUUGUGGAACCAGUAGGUGAAAUUGUAAAGUGUCCUCCACAAGAAGAAAGUACACAAGCCUCACAAGAUGUCUAUGAAAGACAACAACAGCAGUAUCAAGAGCAGCCAAUUCAGCAACAGAUGUUGCCACAAUCAGCAAAUGGUAUGAAUGGUCUGGAUCCAUACCAAGGUUUGGCUGUUCCAAGACCCCUUGUUCCCAACAGAACUGCUAAGCCCUUCCUUGGUGGUCAUAAUCAAGGCCAAAAAACUUUUUCACCAGUCAGAGGUGUCUCAAGCCCAUCACCUAAGAAACUUGAAAACAUAUUCAAAGUUAAUGUUCCAGUAAACACAACCCCACAAGUUUGGUCCCCCACAUCAGACAUCAUUGCUUCACGUGAUGAACGUAUUGCUAUACCAGCAAUUAAAAGAGGGAUCCUACCAGAAACUAAAAGGAGAGGAGCAAGCAAGACAGACUUAAAAGAAAUGACCCUGCUUCAAAAGAAAGGAGAUCAGAAGUCCUUAACAGAGUCAGUUCCAGAAGAUGACUUUCUCAGUCUGGGUGCUGAAGCAUGCAAUUUCAUGCAAGCUCCAAAGAUCAAGCAGAAAAACCCUCCACCUGUCCUACCCAAACCUGUUAUCAACCCAGCUCACCCUCCCUGGUCCGCAGAGGGCUGUGCCAUUUCUAGGAAUCCCCUUGCAGCAUCAAGCUCAGUUCCAGUUAUGAGGCACACCCAGGUACAGGCAGUACCCCAACAAAACCCACCAAAGCUACAGCCUGCUGGAAAAGCCCGGCCCUCAUUAUCAUCUCAACUGAUAUCACAGCAGGCGUCACCUGCUUGGGUUCCAUCCCACUCACCAGAUCGGCAUCAAUCAGCCUGGACUCCAAAACCACAUCAGGCACAUAAGCUAGAUUCACUCCAUGCUGGUCCUUCCCAGUUUAAAACAUCAAGGUCACAAAAUUAUGGUAACUCUGUUGCUUCCUGUCCACCCCAACACCUGGGCACAUAUCUUCAGGCAUCUAAGGCUCCAUCAGCUUCUCCUAAAGGGUAUUCAUCGGAUACAGGUGAUUUUGAGGGACUGAACCUUAAAGGAAAAGGAGCUGAACUGUUUGCUCGUAGACAGUCCCGUAUGGAAAAAUUUGUGGUGGACGAUGAGACUGUACGAGCCAACAAGGCAAGAUCCUCAUCACCAACAUUUUCAAUGCCAAGCACUUGGAAAUACUCUUCUAAUGUCCGUGCCCCACCUCCAGUGUGCUACAAUCCUAUUUUGUCCCCCUUUUAUCCCCUUGCAGCAGUUAAACAACCCCCUCCUUCAACUAGUCCAAAGAUAAAGCCUAAAGCAAGCAAGGAGAAGAUGAAUCCACCACCCAAACAUCUCAAUGUUCUGGACGUCAUGAAACAUCAGCCUUACCAACUGAACUCCUCACUUUUUACCUACAACUCCACUCUAGAGGCUAAGGAAGCAGUUUCCCCUGAAGAGUCUAAACAAACUUCUUAUCAACCCCCUACCAGUUUUCAGACCCAGUCCCUCACUUAUGAGCCAUCUACAACAUUCUCUCCAUCCCCAAAUAGUUUUUCCAAAAGUUCACAGCCAGUUCUAAAGCCAUCUAAAGCCACUGGAGAGGGAUUCAGCAGGAGCCGUUCCUUGUCUUUUCCUCAGAGACUGUCCUCUGUGUCUUUCGCUUUCCCUGUAUCCACCUCAGGUGUCCAUCCAACACGUGAAUCAAUGAACAGGCAAUAUUCUUGGUCGGAGCAGCCCAAAAAACUACUCCCUUCUAUGGAGGCAGUUGCUCAAAGCCCCUUUGUUCUCGAUGAGGUCAAAAUGUCUGCUACUCAUAGAAAAUCACUACCAGAAACGCCAGCAGAAUGGAAGCAAAGAGUAUUCUACGAGUUAGCUGGUUGCCCACAGGAGAUGGCACCUGUAAUAGCUGUUACAUCCCCUACUAACAGCUUUUCUUCAGUGCCAAAAGAACCCAUUGUAUAUGGGCCGCCUUUCCGCCCUUCCCAGCCUCUGGUGACCAGCAACAGGUACAGCAAGGGUAUUUCUCUGCCAAGUAAUUUCACACAUCACACAAACUAUCCACAAUCGCAUAGAGUCAGUUGGAAACUGUAAUCAAAAUAUUAUUGUAAUUGAACAAAUUAAAUAAUAGAAUACAAAUGGGGCUUUAUGAGUUGAUAUUUUGAAUUGAUUCAUUACUCAAGUUUUAGGAAAAUUGUUAUUCAGUAAAAACAGUUAAAAGGAAAAAUAUGACAUUUGUCCAUUUGAUCACUGCUAUUCACUGUAUAAUAUUGGUGUGCAAUUAACUUUGUACAAGUAAU